CUCCACUCCGAAUUUCAUCAGCAUGAGCGACUCAGAAACCAACGCCCUCAAAUCCCAAAUUCAAGAGCACCUCAUCUCCUCGGGAAAUUAUGACCGUCUCUCCAAGGCCCUAGCGACCAAGCUCUACGAAACCGGCUGGGUCGACAGCAUGAAGCAGGCAGCCACAGCCAAGGCGUCAACCAUGGAUAAACCAAAUUUCGACGAGCUAAACGAAAGCUUGCAGCAGAAGGGAAUGGACUUGGUGAAUGACACCGUCAAACGAGACAUGAUGGCGUUGAUUAAGGAGUACUUGGACGGGGUCAUCUCGUCGUAAUACAACAUGAAAAUUUACCAAAUACAGCACCGGCACAGUGCACCUUGCACAGAGAAUCCGAGCCCCCAAAAGUACAACUGGGAGGCGGAAAGACAGACCUUCAACAUGUUAAUAUAUUAUAAGAUACCUUCCUCCGU